GAGAGAGAGGUAUAGAGAGAGGCACUUUGUAAAGGCGUCACAUCGAUCAGAGCACGAAGUCGCAGUCCAGGAGCUUGUCAAACCCUCCAACACUCCUGUCUCUCAAUCAGAAGCUACCAUCCUCCCCAACCCUUUCAAGCACUACCUGGUUUUGACUUCUGUGUCGUGACCCCCUGCUUGCCAUCAUGUCGGAGAUGGAGAUCGUGGAGGACCGGGCCAAGCUGAAACAGGGCCUGGUGAAGGUGCUGCAGUGUGUGGCCACCAUCUCAUCUGCUGCGGCUGUGGUCAACCCCAUUUUUGGCGUGGCCGGCUCUCUAAUCCGAGUGGUGCUGCACCACGUGGAUGAUGAGGACAUCCAGACACUGAAGCGUGAGUUUGGCUCAGUCAACCGUGCCCUGGACCAGCUGUCCCAGCAGAACCGCGGCGCCCUGCUACAGAUCAAGAAGGAGACGCUGGACGGUCAGUACUGCCGUGUGGAGGAAAACCUGCGCAACCAGUUCCGCAAGUUCAUGGAGAUGGUGGAGGCACGGCCCGAGCACUGUGAGCGCAAGAAGGACGACUUCGAGGAGAGCUACUCCAACGACCUAGGCGACCAGAACCUGCACACACUCUACGAGGGUGUGGUGGGCAAGCCCAAGCUGUUCAGCCGGCCCAUCCUGGAGGUGUACCUGAAGCACUCGCAGGGCGACCGCCGCACCAUGGAGAACCUGUGCACGCGCCUCACAUACCUCUUCUGCAUCGGCCUGAUCGCCCUCAUGGGUUACGCCGCUGUCAUCGGAGACGACGAGGAGGGCAUCAGCGACGAGUGGACCGAGAAGAUGGAGCACGUGCAGGAGAGGAUGCAGGAGGCCCUCCAGAAAUGCAAGUGAAGAAGAGGAGGAGAAGGAGGUGUAGAGGCUGCUACUUAUCCUCCAUACGUAGGACUCUCUCCACAUUCCCUCUAGGAAACCCCCCAUCACUUUUCUCCUUACUCCAGGACAGCUGUGUAUACAACGUCUCUAUUUAUUCAACCAGUUAAUUGACUAUCAAUGUGGAUCAUAGGAGGUUGGUGGCACCUUAACUGGGGAGGACGGGCUCGUGGUAAUGACUGGAGCAGAAUUAGUGGAAUGGUAUCCAAUACAUCAAACACAGUUUCCAGGUGUUUGCCAUUCCAUAAGCUCAGUUCUGGCCAUUGUAAUGAGCCCUUCUCCCCUCAUCAGCCUCAUGUGAUGUGAAUUCAUUAUUCUUUAAUGAUCAUAUGGCUAUUCACUGUUGGUAUCUAUGAGUUAGAGGUAAGUAAAUUGAAUGAAAACAGUUAGUUAUUUGCCUCAUCCACAGCAGUAGUCAAUGAACAGACCUAUAUAAUACGUGCAUGUUGAUAUGGAAACCUGCAUACACAGCGGUCUGACGAUCAACAUUUGGACUGGCUCUCAAUUAGAUUUAACUAUGCCAUUCCUAUCUUCUAAAGAGUAAGAUGGAGUGGUUUUAAUGUCUGACAAUAUUCAGCACUUUUGAAAAAUUUGUUCUCGCUGGUAUUUGCUGGUGAUUUAGAGGGAGACACAGAGAACAGGCUCAUUCUGUUGCAUGAAUGUAAGAUUCACCAUAAUGGGUAUCUAUUUGAACAGAUAUAUACUCCAUGCAAUUCUAAUAGUGCCACUGAUGCAACCUAGCACUUUCAGUAAAAAAAAACAUUAUCUAUACUGUGGACACUAUUAACAUAGCAUGCCAAUUGCCUAAAUACAAAGACAAUUGACUUUACAGUGGGUUAACUGGUAUUACUUUACUUAUUACUGUAGGUCCUUUGUAACUAUAUAUCUGCAGCUAAAUUAACUGUUAUUUAGCAUUUAAUUGGAAAUAGCAUAAAAAAAACUAUUGAUAAAUAAUGCACUGUAAAAUCUAACUUAACCAAAAUCUAACUUAAAACAAAUAUCCAAAGUUAUCUAAGAAUGUAUUUUUUGGCGGGGAUCCUAUAGUUAACCCCCCACACACACAACACUAGCAUUAUGUUGCUUCCAUAAUUAUUCAACAAAAACACUCGACUGUCUGUCAAAGCGCUUUGGCCCGGAUAAUGAAGUCAGUGGAAUGAUAAUCAUACUGUAACUAACACUAAACACUUGUAGCCUGUUUUAAUAUACUACCAAAACCGGCCUACUAUACUGUCCAAAAACACUACUGUUUCCUUUUCAACCAUAUUGUUUGGUGUUUGUUUGUUUUCAUGAACACACUACAUUAUGGUGGGUGUGAUGUAAGCCAACCAAGUGCAGUGACUACACUAAACUAUACGUGAACGUGACAACUAAUCGCACAACAAUACAAAAGGUCAAAGUAUACAUUAGCUUUAAGUGCUUCCUCUCUUAUUGGUUCUCUUGUAUCUCGGAUAAAUUAAGUAUUAGCAAAAAUGUUUGUUUGUUUUUACCAAGGGUGCGUUCAUAAAUUCACUCUGGCCAUCUACUACGAUUUCAGAGCAGUCUGAGUGUGUCAGAGCGCAGAAUAACUGAUUAAUUUUCGAACACGCAACACCCGUUGAAUAUGACCGAUGUCAAUAAACAUCUGCAAAGAAAACGUAUUUAAAUUGUUGCCAGCAGCACAGUUAGUCACCAAAA